UGGAUGCUCAACACAAAAAGUAGUUUGUAAAAAAAAAAAAAAAAAAAAUCCCUUGUCAAAGUCAGGGUAUGAUGUCGCGUUGACGUGCUAGUCAGAACUAGGACACUCCGACUUGCUAACUGGUUGAACGUGUAUAACUAGAACCACUAGCAAGUCAGACAUGUCCGAGUUUCCUAGAUCCGACUGGCACGUCAACGCGUCAUUAGUCGAGAAACCUGCCUAUUUUCCUCGAAAGUACGUAAAUGUCCCGAUUACAAAACUAUACGAUAUUACAGAGAACAAGUUAAUUAUCUCACAUCUCGUAAAAAUAUCCAUAAUGUUGCACUUGUUGUUGACGGAAUUGAUACUAAUGUUGGGUUUUUGAGCUAGCGCCCAACGGACUCCCUGAAGGGAGAACUCGCCUUGUCCCAGAAUGCACCGCGGGACCCACUGACGACGCAUUGGCCGAGUUCAAUGGAGUUUCCCAUCUCCUCUAAAGUAUAUCUGUCAUAUCUGACACCUUUCCAUCUGUUGUGUGAGAGUGUGCAUGGUCAUGGUUAACCGGAUGGUAACGUCGGGUAACUCGGUAACUACAGACGCCACGGUAGCCCGCCCGUUCACAGUACAUACACAUAGGCGUUACUGGUCCUGUAGGUGUGCUAGGCUAGCUAUGUAGCUAUAAAUUAUCUGAUGGGAGCUGCAUUGCCACGAAACUUUAGUUUUGAUCGAUAACUGGUUAUGAGAGACUAGUAUAAUCACCCACAACACGUCUGCAGUAUGAAGCUAACACGGAAGUUGGUCCUGGCCAAAGCCAAGGCCUCGGAUCUGGACAGUGUGAAGAAACUCAACUGCUGGGGCUGCAACUUGACAGACAUCUCCAUAUUACCCAGAUACCCACAUCGAGGUCCUGACUCUCAGACGAUUGUGAACUCCAUCUUGUCCCUGUCAUCUCUGUCGGGCUGUGUGUGUCUGAGUGAGUUGUACCUCAGACGGAACCUCAUCCCUUCUCUCUCAGAGCUCUCCCAUCUCCGCCCCCUCACACGCCUACGAGUGCUCUGGUUGGCUGAGAACCCCUGCUGCGGAACAGACCCCAGCCAAUACCGUCUCAACGUGUUGCGAUGCCUGCCACGCCUACACAAACUGGACAACCAGGUGGUGACAGAGGAGGAGCUUACUUUCGCUCUAAACGAGGGAGAGGAGAUAACCACACCCCCUGCGGCCGCCCAGAAGCAGUUCUCGACCAGUGGCCAGCCAGAGAACGUCAGCUCCACCAAUGGACAGACAGAGACAGAAUCAGAGAACGACCCCCUCAACUACAGUAUGGAGGAGACCAAUAAGAUCCGGGAACAGUUGGGGAUGAAGCCUAUUCCUAGAGACAAGUUCUCCUCCCCAUCACCUCGACCUACAGCUAGGAAG